UGCCGUCGCCAUGACCCGCGGUAACCAGCGAGAGCUCGCCCGCCAGAAGAACAUGAAGAAGCAGAGCGACUCGGUUAAGGGAAAGCGCCGAGACGAUGGGCUUUCCGCUGCCGCCCGCAAGCAGAGGGACUCGGAGAUCAUGCAGCAGAAGCAGAAAAGGCAAACAAGAAGGAGGAGGAACCCAAGUAGCUUUGUGGCUUCGCGUCCAACCCUCUUGCCAUACGCCUGUGUGCCUGGAGCCAGUCCCACCAUGCUCGAGUUUCUUCCUGUAGUGCUCACAGGUCCCAGCACCGAUGGCAUUCCCUUUGCCCUGAGUCUGCAGCGGGUUCCUUUUGUGCUUCCUUCCCCUCAGGUAGCCUCUCUCCCUCUGGGCCAUUCCUGGGGGUGAGGGGGUUACCCCUUCCCAGUGUUUUUUAUUCCUGUGGGGCACACCCCAAAGUAUUAAAAGUAGCUUUGUAAAAAAAA